GUUAAAUUGUUAAUUUUAAAAUCCGUUCUAAAAAAAAAUAAGAUGGAGGUUUCGGCCAGUACAUUUGCGUGGCUGAGUGAGAGCUCUGGCGUUUUUUUCUCUACUUGAUCAUGAUGGACAAUUCAAGACCAGUACAACAAUUCCGUUGCGAGGACAUUGCGAAGUCUCGACUCCACCAUGAGUGGCGAGAUUGGAAAAGUUCACUCGAACGAUAUUUCGAAGCGAAUGACAUCGAUGACCAGUUCAAGAAGCGCGCUAAGCUAUUGUACUUGGGAGGUCCACAGUUGGACAAGGUUUCUUGCAACCUUCCGGAGGCAAGCAAUUUUCCGGUGAUUGCAACCAAGAAGCAGUACUAUGAUGUGGCUAUUUCGGCAUUGGAUAACUACUUUCAGCCAACAAGACAAGAUAUAUUGGAACGUCAUCGUCUUCGGCAAACAAGACAGUUGCCAGAGGAAAGUUUUGCUCAUUACAUGGUUCGUCUACGGCAACAAGCAGCAUAUUGCGGGUUUGAGAAGUACUCUGAGUCGACAAGGCGUGUACUAAUGGAUCUUAUGAUUACGGAUGUUAUAGUGGAGGGGUGUCAAUCGAAUGAACUUCGCCGCAGGUUGUUGCAGAAAGAUCGUACGUUAGAUGAAAUCGUGGAAAUUGCUAAUAGUCUGGAAGGAGUCGAUUCUCAGUUGAAUGAUUUGAAAACUGAGUCCAAAACCGUUGGUGAGAAGACAUUGUAUCCGGUGAAGGAAAAGUUUACGCAGAGAUUCGGAAGAAACAGGGGUAUCUCGGAAGCCUUCGCAAUCGGAUUUUUAUUUCAUAUGUUAUAGUCUAGUCUAGUCUACACUAACACAGCCAGUACUUGAAAGGAUCCUGGAAAAUGAUAUCAACCAUUUAAAAAAUGAUUUCCAUACAUUUUUCUUGUCAACGGCCAGGCCCACUGUGUAGCGCAAUAUAAUACAAUAUAAUCUAAGAUCGGGGACAAUCCGUACCAACCGAUCCGUGUGUAAGAAGUAAUAUGCCUAAUUCGUUGAGAGUGAUAAAGCUAAGAAAGUACACUCCUUUGUUGACCAAUCUCCUGGGAUGGAACAUAGGUAUUUCCUCCUUAUGUUCGGGUUUCGAAACCAAGGAUAUAGCGCCUUUACUCGGAUGUUAUAGUGGAGGGGU